CGCACAAUUUCAUAUAUAAAUAGAGAUGAUAUUUACAUGUACACUACAAGUCUAUAAAAUGACAAAAUUCACGACUCUUGCGAUCUUCAUCGUCUUAUUUCUAGGGAUGGUGGCGAAAGAGACACAAGGACAGCAUAUCUGUCAUCAGAUUCUCUUAAACGACAACUGCGAUGGACCGACGUGCACAGCUCUGUGUGACCAGAAAUUGGGUGGAACUGGCCAGUGUUACCGAACCGUUGACAGACGCUUUAUUUGCCUCUGCAAUUAUAUAUGCAAGAGUUGAUUCUUUUCCUGUUUUAUUCUUAUCUAAAAAGGCUAUAUGAAUGUUAUAAUAAAAACUUUAAUAGUUUCUUGCAAUU